AUGAACUUCAAGCAAAGUAUCAUAAUUAGAUUAGAUUAGAUUAGAUUAGAUUGUGCCAUUCACUUUCGCAAGGGCCGGGGAUUUGCACCCUACACGCUAAUCAUCCCUGAGGGAUCCCAGCGGACACCCUUCCCCGUUGUCGCAAACGAGGUAUUCGCGCACCAGUCUUGACUUCUCCUGGAGUCUAAGGGCCACCACCUGGGUCGAAACUCCCAGUUUCUCGUUAGGUGAAUACUGUCUUCAAGGUCUGAGGGUCAUAUUGCCCUUCAGGCAUUGCCGACCUUGCCCUUUCCAAUGGUUGUACCGGAGGAAAAACUCUAAGUCCAGGGAUUAGCUCCCUGGGCCCGAAGAAAACCCAGCCCGACUAUACAUAAAGGAUGACUGGCCCCUUUCCGCCUAAAUUCUCGACACUGGGUCGUUGCCUGCAGGUUUUGAAGAAAUAGGGUUGAGAGGUCGGGUGGUCUGUCGUCACCAUUUUUAUGUAUAUAAGGUAUCAUAAUUAAAAUCGAUUUCCAAAAUAAGCCACCCAUGCAAAUUGAAAAUAAUUGCAGUAAAGGCCUGGCCAAGAAUAAAAAACUGUAUGAAAAUGAAUUCAUGACAAAAUAUAUAUAAGAGAAAAUGAUUGAUAUCUAGCAAAUUUUUUUAUAGUAAAUAAUUAAGCUUUCUAUAGGUUGGCAUAAAACAGAGCUCUGUAAAAAGUGAAUGGCAGGGUUCUGCGAAUUCGGUGAAAAAUGUGCCUUUGCUCAUGGAAAUGAGCAGCUUAGACAAAUAAACUCCAUUUCCGACUCAUCCAAAAUUAAAAAAUGUGCAAAAUUCUUCGAGCUUGGGUAUUGCCUUUUACUCCAUAAAUGCCCUUUUAGGCAUGAAAGAUAUCCACUAGACACCGAAUCAAGCACUCCUACAGAAAGCCGUAGAACAAGUGAAGAUUUUUCCUCGCUUCCUUCUCAAUUUUUCGUAGAUUGUGAAAGCAGAAAUUCUUACUUUUAA